UAGAAAGUAGCCUUUGCGAGUGCGAUGGGUGCGGUCAACAGCAAGAGCACCGACGAGGCAUCGCCCGCCAUCAACGGCCAGGUGCUCGACGUCGUCUAUCGGGACGAGCGCGAUGAGCUGCACAACGUCAAGGACCUCGGCCACAUCAGGAGGUCGGCCCUGUUCUUCAGCAAGGUCGACUUCCCUGCCCAGAUCCUCCGCAAUCGCCUCGACCGCUCGCUGCAUCGCAUUCGCCUCGCUGACGGCACGCGGCUGGCUGCCGUGCUGACCUUCGACGCCCAGACGGUGUCUGAAGCGCGUGAGCUGCUGGCGGCCGUGUGGCUGGUGGAAGAGCAGAAGUGGGACGAGGUGGCUGAGGUGCUGCAGUGGGCCAGUGAGUGUGGCUGCUGCACACUGCCCCUCAACCUCACGGCAGAUGACAUCAACACACACGCAAACAAGACGGUAAGGCACACACACAGAGGGGCGGGGAGAGAUAACAGAGAGGCCUCAUUCCUCUCUCUCUCUCUCUGUGGCUGUCUGUCUGUCCAUUCCUCUCUCUGUCUGUCCGUGUGUGUGUGGUGUGGUGUAGGCAUAUGGAUCGUUUCCCCGUGUGUUGGCGCAGCUGAUGGUGGUCGGCCGCCACAUCGACUUCGGUGACAGCUGCCUGCAGAUUUUCCGCCAUGCCAAUGGUGAGGUGCGGGCCAUCAAGGACGAGCCCGGCUACCAGGUGGACGUCAACCCGCCCGUCGCCGCCCACCAUCUGUAUCAGCAGCACCGACUACAGCAUGACCCACCAGUGCGGAGCUGGAUCAACUACCGUAGCAUUAGCGGCGGAUGGGCGUCGAUCAUCCCGACCAUUGAUGCGUCGGUGUCGUCCUUUGCGAAGCGCACGAUCGUCAACCACUUCUACUGGACUCACCAGAUCAGUAGCACAUCGAUAGCACUCAACAGGUGACACAUCAAUGACACCAGUGGCGAGAGGGGUGCGUGUUUGAUUGUGUGUGUGUCUGGUUGGUUCAGGCGUGUUGGUGGCGGCCGUCUGGAUGGCCUCCUCAACCAGUCGCCCCACACACCAGUGGCCGAAUGCACCACAACACUCAGCCGAGACGGCUGGGACGGUGGUGUGCGAUGGCUGGUGCUGACCAACGGCAGCCACGACUUCGUUGCAUGGAUUGUCAUUUUGGAUUGUGGGGACGGCACCGGUCAGGCCGAGAGACAGGCAGCUCUACUGAUCAAAUGUCAUGUGUUGUUGUCGUCUGUCUGCAGUGUGGGUUAGUGUUCGGACCUCCGAGGCACCUGCGGCUGGUAUGAGUGAGGGUGCGCCCUUCAAGUGUCGCUUCGCCGUGACCACUCAGCUGGCUCGAGUGGCGCUGGGGCGAGUGGCGCCAUUCGUGUUCGACGGGCAGGUAUAAGACCCGUAGGAUGGGGAUGGCGAGUGAAGAUGGUACGCAUAUGAGGGGCACGUCCACUGGUAGAUGAUAUGGUGUUUUGGUUUAUGGUGGUGGUUUGAUGGGUCGAUUCGGAGUGCGUGGCCUCUCUCUGUGUUUGAUUGACAAGUAAGCACUCGUCUGGCUGGAGAUUGAAUGGUGUAUGAGUGCUGACGAGGUCAAUGCCGUAUGUGCCACCCUUCCACAGUGCAACUUGAAGACGUGAUUUGAAUUACUG